AUGACCCCCAAACCCGACACGCGGAGGCUCUCCUCAGUCCCCACACCCACUGACGCCCCUCCGGACGCCUGGAGAAACGUCCCCGCCGCUCUUCUGCAUUCCCCCGAACCCCACCCAAGGCCCCAGGCUGUGGCCGACCCUCGGUGCCUGGACUCAGCACAUGCCCAGGCUGAGGCAAGCCGCUCGGCUCCACAGCUCCGGACGCCCGCAAACAGGAUCUCUUGGCCGGUCUCGCCCCCUACGGUCCCCUCCGAAGGCGCCGCCGAGACUCGGAAGCAGCGACCCGGGCGUCCGCAGGCGGGCAGCCACCGCCCUUCCCCGCCUCGGGCGGGACCUGCAGGGGUCCCCAGCGGUCCCCAGGAGAUCCUAGGGCAGUGUCUCGGGGGGAAAGCGAAGAGGCCGACUCUCGGAUCCCGACCUCGCCAGCACUCACCCGCCGCCGCCGCCACCAAGCCCAAGCCGGAGCCGCAAGAAGCCGGGAGAGGGCAGAGAGGAGCCAGGAGCAGCCGGGAGGAGCCGCGGGAGCCGCAGAGCAAGCCGGAGGGGCGGGGCGCAGGGAGGUGGCCGCUUCCUCGUCGCCCUCUUGAAGGCCGGCACGAAGGCGGGGCGUCCCCCACAACCAGCGGACGCCGCCCCAACCAAUGGGCGCCCCCGAGGGGCGGGCCAAAGCGCCGCGAGCCAAUCCACGCCGGCCCCUGCGCCUCGACCUCUCGGUGGAAGCGGCACGAGCGGCGGACGGUUGGCGAGGCGCGCGUCGGAGGUCUGGGCUGCGGCCUCCGGCCCGCGGGUACCGGAGCGAAGGGCGAGCCUCCGGCCGCCCCCGCCGUUCUGAGACGGCCACUGCUUCCUUUCCCAGCGGGGAGGAUGCCGGUGUCAGGCGCACACGGCCUGGGUGCGGGUGGGCCCGAGUGGGCCCCGCGGGCGCUGACUGGGAAGCUCCUUAAGCAGGAAGGUAAACAACUCAAAAUAGCUUCAGGAAAUCCCUGAAACCAACCAGAUUCACAAGGCUCCUCUCUGCCAGAAUUCAGUGUUCCUCUCAGAAGACCAGAGCCAAGCUGCAAAAAAGACUCUCAGAAGAGGAAAAGCUGCAAAGACUCUGAAACCAGCCAAACUGCCUAGAAGAGGUUUAGACCAGUGUCACCUGCAAAGAAUACUCUCCAACCUGUUGAGUGGCCUGCAGGCUGUGGAGUGUUAUCCAGGAAUCCCAGUUCUGUGAGUUGUCACCCAUGCUGGGGUGGGCCUUGGUGAUACAGCUGUCUUUGAGUCUUUUCUGCUCCUGUAAGUGACCCCUCUCUCAUAUCCCUUCAUAUUUUUAUAAGUAACCCCAAUAAAACUUACUGUUUGACCAAGAUGAACUUUGGUCUGUCAUGAGUUCCCUAUCUGGGGUAAGUGGACAUGUGUAUUGCAUCUCCCCAGGGAAAGUUUUGUCAUUGAUUUUAACUAUAAAUGGAGAGGAUAAUUUCAUGGGAUCCAUACUGAUAACUCUCCUAGAGCUUGGCAAUGUUGUCACACACCUUUAAUCCCAUCACUGAGGAGACAGAGGCAGGCAGAUCUCUGAGUUCGAGGCCAGCCUGAUCUACAGAGCAGGACAGCCAAGACUACACAAAAAAAAACUCUGUCUCAAAAAACAUAAUAACAACAAUAAUAAUAAUAACUAUUCUAAAGUACAUACAUUGGUACUUCGCAUUUAGUGGUCAUGGUUCAUACUGGGCAGCAGUGGCACCUGCCUUUACUCCCAACACU